AUGGCUGAAAUUGUCCGGCAGUCGUUGUCCUCGCUCAACUAUCGUCUUGGCCGUCAUGAACCUCUUAUUUUGGUCAUAGUCUCCGCAACAUCCACAUAUAUUCUCCUGAAAGCCCAUCGAUUUUGGAGCAAAUCGGAGAAAUCGUUGUGGGAGCGCUUCAAAUCCUCGAUUUUCGCGCAAUUCCGCAAACUCCCGGCGGUGCAACGCAAAAUCGCCGAAGAAAUGGGACCCACACUCAAGAGCAUUCAACAUUCCAUUCAUGGGUGCGACGAAUCGAACGAAUUUUUGACCGAAAUCCCCGGAAAAGCCGGCGGAAUCGAGGAGAUUGUGAAAAAAGCCGCCGAAUACGCCGGAAUGAACAAGAAAUUCGAUUACAAAUCGGGUCGGAUUAGUGGUACGGUGUAUACAGACAUUAGUGAAGAGCAUUUGAAUGUUCUUACUGAGGUAAGAAAAGUUUUAUUUUGGAUUUUUUCAAAUUUUAGGCUAAUUUUUCGGUUUUUUGGUGAUUUUUCCAAAAUUUUAGACGAUUUUUGGCAAGAUGUUGUAAUGUAAAACUGUAAAAUUUAUAGAUCUUUCGACAAUACGCCUUCUCCAACCCAUUGCAUCCGGAUAUUUUCCCUGGGGCUCGAAAAAUGGAAGCCGAAAUCAUCAAAAUGGUCGCCAGCUUGUAUCAUGGUGAUGAUAGCACCUGCGGGACGGUAAGAAAUUUUCUAGAAUAGCCUUAUCAGCCUACAUUUUAAUUAUCCUACUCAAUUAUAGUAAACUUACAUAUAGAUUUUAAAAUUUUUUAUAUUAUAGAUGACCUCCGGCGGCACGGAAUCGAUUCUUUUGGCCUGUUUAGCCCAUCGAAACCGCGCUCAAGCCAAGGGAAUUGACGAUCCAGUAAUUGUAGCCCCAAUUACUGCCCAUGCCGCGUUUGAAAAGGCCGCUCAUGUCCUUGGAAUCCGAAUCAGACAUGUCAAGGUGAAUGAAGAUGGAAAAGUUUGCCUAAACGCCUUGAAAAAGGCAAUUUCUAGUGAUACUUGUAUGGUAAGUAGUAUUUAAAAAAAAUUGUAGUUACAGGGAGGCUUAAUUUUUAUUUUUGGAGGAAGUUUUUUUUACCAGUUUUGCACCGUGCAAAAAAAUUUUUAAUUUUUGUUGAUUGCACUGUGCAGAAGUCGAAAAAUUUUUUGCACUGUGCGGAAAUAAACGUGAUGUCGAUUUUUCAAUGAGACAAAAAAGUUUAGAAAUUCAGGAUACAGCAAGCAAAAUGAAAAUUUUGAAAAAUUCAUCCGCACUGUGCAGUUUUCAAAUUCUUUUUGAAUGCGCCGUGCAAAAGAAAAGUUUUGUAUUUUUUGCACUGUGCAUUGGAAGAAAAACAACUAGUUGGCAAUUUUAUUGUCAAUAGAUUGUAUUCGAAAUUUUUCUCAAAUUGAAAAAUCCCAAAAAUUUUUUGACUGCACAGUGCAAUUUGAAAAUUUUAAAAUCUGCACUGUGCAGUUUUCAAAAAUUUUUUGAUUGCACCGUGGAAAAGAAAAAAUUUUGGGGCUAAGGUAGUACAACUCGCCAGCCCAGUUCAGCCCCCCUGGACCCAGUAUAAACCCCCUCAUCCAAUCUGAAGCGCCUACUCGGGAUUGGGUUCUCUCGGCUACGAUCAUCGUUGCCUGGGGGCUGAACUAUCAAAGCCCCAAAAUUUUUUUGUUGUUUUUGCACUGUGCAAUGAAAAAAAUCAAUUAGAGGACGAUUCUGUCGUCAAUAGAUUGGAUUCGAAAUUUUUCUCAAAAAUCGCAAAAAUUUUUAGACUGCACAGUGCAGUUUGAAAAUUUUAAAAAUCUGCACUGUGCAAUCAAAUUUUUUUUGAGUUCGAUUUCCAAACAAGAAUGUGAAGUAAAUUUCAGUUGGUCGGGAGUGCUCCCAAUUUCCCCACAGGCUCGGUCGACCCGAUUCCAGAGAUCGCCGCCCUAGGCGAAAGAUACGGGAUUCCGGUCCAUGUGGACGCUUGUCUGGGCGGAUUUUUGAUCCCAUUUAUGGAAGAGAACGGAUUUGACAUUCCGUUGUUCGAUUUUAGACUGAAAGGGGUGGCUAGCAUCUCAUGUGAUACACAUAAGGUAAGAUUUUUGGUGAUUUUUUUGAUGGAAAAAUUGGGUUUUUUGAAGAAAAAUUUAAAUUUUUACAAAAAAUCUUGUUUUUCGGCAAAUUAAAAUAAGUUUUUUUUCGAAAAUUUUUCGCUUUUUAUUAUAUUUAUCUAAUUUCUUGGGAUGAGACAAAAAAUUUUUUGGGAAAUGAAAUUUUUUUACAAAUGAAAAAAAAUUUCCAAAAACCAAUUUUUAGUACGGUUACUGUCCAAAAGGAUCGUCCACGAUUCUCUAUCGUUCCACCGAAUACCUCCACCAUCAAUAUUUCUCCAUCACCGAGUGGCCCGGAGGCAUCUACGCCACUCCAACCAUUGCCGGAAGCCGCGCCGGCCUAAACAUCGCCCUUUCUUGGGCCACCCUCCUCUAUUUCGGGCGUGAACAAUACUCCCAACGCGCCAAGCAGAUCCUCGAUUUCGCCAAGUACCUGUCCUAUAGGAUCCCGCUGAUUUCCGGCCUCAAAUUGGCCGGGAAUCCGGACGUUUCGGUGGUCGCCUUCAAGUCCGAUGAAUACAAUAUUUAUGCCGUUGGGGAUGCGUUGAAUGCGAAGGGAUGGAAUCUGAAUGCAUUGCAGAAACCAGCAUCGUAAGUGGGAAAGAAAGGGAUAGUUUUUAGGCGAUUUUUGAAAAAUCAGGUUUUCGUGGUGGGACACAAAAAAAAUUAAAAAAUCUAUAAAGUCAAAAUGUCUUGCUUUAAAAGGUCCGAUAAAUAAGAUUUUAGGAAAGCGCGCAUAGUCUUCCGAAUAAUUAUUGACGAUUUUUCAAAAAUUCAAGUUUUCGUGGUGGUACACAAAAAAUUAAAAUUUUCAGUAAAAUCAAAGUAUUUUACUUUAGGAGGCCCGUUAAAUAAUAUUUUAGGAAAGAGUUUUUAGUUUUCCGACUAAUUAUUGACGAUUUUUCAAAAAUCCAGGUUUUCGUGCCAGGACCAAAAAUUGCGAAAUUUAGUCGAAAGGUUCUGCCAAAAAGCUAGGCCAAUCCUUGAAGCUAAGAAAAAAACAUUUACUAUUUUAGAAUCCACUUUUGCCUGACCUUCAACCAAGCCCGCAAGGAAGUUAUCGACGAAUUCCUCGAGGAUUUGAAGACGGUUUGCGCCGAAGUCCAAGCCCGUCCGGACAAAGGCGGUAAGUCCGAUACGGCCGCGAUCUACGGAGUCGCCGGCUCAGUCCCGGACCGAAGCCUGGUCGAUGAGGUUGCUUUCGCCUACCUGGACACUUGUUAUGCCCCGCCCACUCUUCACUAA